UAUAUAGAUGCUGUAGUGAUAACUACAUUUAAACCAAAUUGAUACUCACAGUAAAGAAAUGUCUGGAUAUUAUUUAAAGAAACUUGCCAAGGGAGAUAACCAGAUAACUUUGAAAAAUUGCUUUUCUGAAGCUAUUCCAGAAGAACUUGACCUUGAACGAUUUGAAAGAGGUCAACAGUUUUUCAGACGAAACAUUUCAGCAUGCCUUUUCACAAUGAUGUGUUCACUGGUGUGUGGUUUGUGUGUCACUAACUUGUUAGAGCCAUUGGUCUUCACUGGAAAAUCAGAUACACCUCGGAAAUCUUUAAUUAGAUAUCUUAAAACAAUGGCUCAUGUCGUACAAUGGCAUUGUGGAAAUGUUUGGGACUUAAAUUCAAAAGCAAGAAAAUCUCUCCAGAUUGUGUGUGGAUUACAUGACAGAACAAGGAUUGAUAUGAUGAAGAAGACAGAGAAAUUGUAUGUUUCCCAGUACGACAUGUCACUAGUCCAGGCGGGAUUUAUGGGUGCUAUUGUCAUGUACCCUAAACAGUUUGGUAUAAAAGCUAGUCAAAAUGAUUUAAAAGAUUACAUUUAUUUUUGGAGGUGGAUAGGGUACUUGUUAGGGAUGGACGACAGUAAUAAUAUCUGUGUAAACUCUUUAGAAGAAGCCAUUGCUAUUUGUCAUGAGAUAGAGAAUGACAUAGUGUAUCCAGCGUUACACAAACCCCCGCCACAUUUUUAUCACAUGGCCAAAGCUUUCACCGAUGGAUCAAAUAUCUUGCGCAAUUUCAAAUUUUUUACACCUGAAUCGGUUAUUUCAUUUUCGUUGGAUUUGGCUGAGAAGGAAAGAAUUUCUCAUUCAUUUAUGGACAAAAUCAGAAUCAUUUUCUUGAAGGUGUUUGUAAAUCUAGUCUAUUAUUCCAGUUUAUUUAGAAAUUUUAUGAACAAAAAUGUAGAACACUUAUGUCUUGCUAUAGAAGAUAAAAGGUUUGAUGCUGGUGAUGUGAAAUAAUUCGCAUAUAAUAUGCAUAAUUAGGGAUCUUUCCUAUAAUUUUUAAAAGCUGUUUGGGUAGAGUCAUUGUUUUUUGGUUCAAAUUUGCACAGAAACAACUGGAAUAAGAUGCUUUGUGAAAUUUUGAAUAAAGUCAUUGUCAUAAUAGUCAAUAAUACAGGAUUUUUUUAACCUGUAUAUUUUUAGAUGUAUUUAUGUCUAUAUUAAAGUUUUUUAAUAAUUUACUGUGAUCUUCUGUUUACAUGAUUGACAAUGAUUCAAUUAUUUUAUUAAGAUGAAUUUUAUAACAUUGUUGAAAUAAAAAUUAAAUUUACCAUC